UCCAGAGUUGCUUAGAUCGACAUCUAGGUACAACAUCUAGGUACCUGGUAUUCGAUUUUCUAGGCUCUAUUUUACCUACAUACACCCUGGAAGAACCACGAUUGUUUGCCUCAUAGGCUGAGCAUUCAUCCCUACCUACCUAUGUAGGUACACAGGGUAUCAAACCAACAGAUCGAUAAGAAAUCGGGUAUUUAAGAGACAACACUGACGGCUUUACGCCGUGAACUAAAAUUGAGUGGCAUUUCUUCUAUCUUUUGAAGUAUCAAUCGAAAGUAGAACAUCAUGUCACUAUGCCUAGAACCUUGGGGUCCUAAUACCGCCUUGCUUAUCAGGAAAAGCCUUGGUUAUUUGGCCCUAAUCGGCCUGGCCGCUUUCCUUUAUCGUCUCUAUCAAGUUCGAAUGUUGUUUCGACGAGUCCAAAAAGAGCAUGGCAUUCCGAUUCUCCCUCAUUCGUUUAUAUUCGGCCAUUUGGUGACAAUCGCUAAAGCCAGCAUAAAAUACCGGAUCCCGAGAGACGCUCAUGGCCACUGGAUAUUCUAUCACCUCAAGCGGGAAUAUCCCGAUCUUUUAAACAGGGGUAUAAUGUAUAUGGAUCCAUGGCCAAUUGGAUACCCCAUGAUAGCUGUCUAUCAUCCAGAUUUAAUGGCCCAGUUCAUUCAAGAGAAUAGCCUCCCUAAAUAUUGGGCCAUGGGACAGGUUGAGUUCGGAGCCUUCACAGGAGGUGAGGACUUGUUGAACCUAGAUGGCCCAGAAUGGAAGAAAGCUAGAAGCAUAUUCAAUCCUGGCUUCUCAGCCAGGAACCUUUUAUCGCUAGUUCCAAAUAUGAUAGAGGAAGUCUUAGUCUUUCAAGAGCGACUCCGAAAAGCCGUGGCGUCUGAGCAAGUUGUGCGCCUCGAGGAUUAUACGACCGAUAUAGCCGUCGAUAUUGUUGGGUGUGCCGUAUUGGGAACCCGUCUAGAAACGCAAGUCAAACCAAAUCGACUAAUGGCAACGAUGAAGUCUCAGAUUAGGCUAAUCUUUUUCGAGCUUGACAUUAUGAAGCUAUUAAACCCAAUUAGAGUAUUUAAAAACCUGAUAUACAAUCGCAUUAUUCGGAACGAGCUCGUUCCUCUUAUCUCAAAUACAGCUCAAAACUACGAGAAAGUCGGAGGUCCCAAAACAAUUAUCUCCCUUGCUUUGAAGUCAUAUAUCAAUGAAGCACAAGGCUACUCAACUAGAGGGAAUAUUCCAUACGACUUCAUUGAACGAGUCGUUAAGCACAUCAAGAUUUUCAUGUUUGCCGGACAUGAUACAACUGCUACUGUCCUCGCAUACAUAUAUUAUCUGCUCAGCAAACAUCCAGAUAAGGCAGCUAAGAUACGAGCUGAACAUAAUGAAGUUCUAGGUGUCGACCCGACAACUGCCGCCGACCGUAUCAGAGCCGACCCUACGUUGCUGAACAAGAUGCCCUACACGAUAGCCGUUCUCCGAGAGACGCUGCGUCUAUAUCCGCCCGUGGGUGGUUCAAUUCGCCAGUCCCCACCGGGGCAUUUCCUUACACAUCCCGAGACUGGAGUUCGGUAUCCAACUUAUGGUUUUAUGCUACAUUCCUCUGCGUCGACCAUACAACGCGACCCGGAGUACUGGCAUGAUGCCGAUUCGUUCAUCCCGGAGCGAUUUAUGACGCACAAUGGAAACGACCCUUUGUACCCCGUAAGAAACACGUGGCGACCAUUUGAGCUGGGUCCACGAGCGUGUAUUGGCCAAGAGUUGGUUUCCGUGGAGGUUAGACUCAUCCUCGCCCUAACAGUGCGCGAGUUUCAAGUCGAGGAGGCCUAUCCCAUGGACGCGCCGGAAUGGAUGGGCGAUAAAGCGUAUCAGGUGGUUGACCCUGAAGACGUGGCCGCGGCCCAUAUCAAAGAUGGCCUCCCCGUGAGAAUUAAAUCCAUAAACCUGAACUAGUAUUAACGCGACCACCCCUAUGAUGAAUCCUCUUAGGCAAUGAAGGAAUUCACCAGAGCUUCUAGUAUCCAUCUAAAAGAGACGUGGAUCUACUACAAAGCUGGUCCUAU